GAGCUGAUGUUCGCUCAGAAUUUUCAUCAAUUUGAUUGAAAAAUUUUCUCUUUAAUUUUUUUUACCUUCUCUACCUUAAUUAUUAUCACUUCUAAUUAGUUAAUUAACUUUAAAUUGUGUCAAUAAUGGCUGACGCUGAUGCUAAGAUGGAAGAUAUUGAGAUGGUUGGAGAAGAUGUCAUGAAAAUGUCCAAUGAUGACAUUAUUAGUCGAACCCGAUUGUUGGAUAAUGAAAUUAAAAUUAUGAGAAGUGAGGUUAUGAGAAUCAGCCAUGAGCUUCAAUCACAAAAGGAGAAGAUUAAAGAAAACACUGAAAAGAUUAAGGUUAAUAAAACUUUACCUUACCUGGUAUCAAGUGUCAUUGAAUUAUUAGACUCAGAGGAACAACAGGAAGAAGAUGGUGGUCACAUUGAUUUGGAUUCUCAGAGAAAAGGCAAAUCGGCUGUGAUAAAAACAUCAACCAGACAGACAUACUUUUUACCAGUUAUUGGUUUGGUUGAACCCGAAAAAUUGAAACCUGGUGAUUUAGUUGGAGUCAACAAAGAUUCAUAUCUGGUUUUAGAAACGUUACCAGCUGAGUAUGAUUCAAGAGUCAAGGCUAUGGAGGUUGAUGAACGUCCAACUGAACAAUAUAAUGAUAUCGGAGGAUUAGAUAAACAAAUUCAAGAAUUGAUUGAAGCAGUAGUUUUACCAAUGACCCAUAAAGAGAAAUUUGAAAAUAUUGGAAUUCAACCUCCCAAAGGUGUUUUACUUUACGGUCCCCCUGGUACAGGUAAAACCUUAAUGGCUCGUGCUUGUGCUGCUCAAACAAAAUCAACUUUCCUUAAGCUUGCGGGUCCCCAAUUAGUUCAAAUGUUUAUUGGUGAUGGAGCGAAACUUGUUCGUGAUGCUUUCGCUUUGGCUAAAGAAAAUGCUCCUGCCAUUAUUUUCAUCGAUGAACUUGACGCCAUUGGUACCAAACGAUUUGACAGUGAGAAAGCUGGUGAUCGGGAAGUUCAACGAACCAUGUUGGAAUUACUAAAUCAACUGGAUGGAUUUAGUUCACAAUCUGAUAUUAAAGUUAUCGCCGCUACCAACAGAGUAGAUAUUCUUGAUCCAGCUUUACUUAGAUCAGGACGUUUGGAUAGAAAAAUUGAAUUCCCUCAUCCCAAUGAAGAAGCUCGUUCACGUAUAAUGCAAAUUCAUUCUAGAAGGAUGAAUGUUCACCAUGAAGUUAAUUUCGAGGAAUUAGCCCGAUGCACAGAUGAUUUUAAUGGUGCCCAAUGUAAAGCGGUUUGUGUUGAGGCGGGUAUGAUUGCCUUACGUCGAAAUGCAUCCAUAGUAACACACGAAGAUUUUAUGGACGCCAUUUUGGAGGUACAGGCUAAAAAGAAGACUAAUCUCAAUUACUACGCCUAAUCAAAUAAUUAAUCACUAUCAUCACAAUUGUCGGAUAAAAACAAAAAUUAAAAAUGAAAAGAGAAAAUUCUUAAUCUUUGUAAAUGGUCUGAUUCCUUAUUAGGCUCAUUAAAAAAAAACGCUUCUUUUGUUAAUUCUAAUAACAAAUAACUAAACAAAAAGAUAUGAUUCUGGUUAUUUACUCUAAUUAAAUUAAUCUAUUUUAAAAUUAA